AGACGUAUUUAAUCGAGGGAAUUUUUCAGCCUUGAGGUUUGCUACGAAGUAUGACUUAGGUGACCCCAUAGCUGUCAACUUCUGUGUAUUGGACAUGGAUAUUCUGCCCGAACCAUUUUACUGAAGUGAAACUACAGACAGUAAACCAGUUUCAAGAUGAACGAGCUACUCGAUUUAUUGCGUGUUCUUAUUCUAUAUAAGCAGUUUUUAGUCGGAUGUUUAAUUUUCUUAGUCUACCAUCUCCCGUUUAAAUCUGCUCAAAAAUUAGACGCAAGUACAAUCAAGGAUUUAGAACAAAAAAUGAAGACGCAACAUUUUGAAGAAAUCUUAGGAAAGCCAGCGGAACAUCUAAUCGAACUCGAGUGGGAUCAUGGGAAAUAUGAGGUCAAAGCGGGAGACGAGGUAGAUAUAGAGAAAGUGUACAAGAAACCAUCAAAAGUCACUUGGGAUGCAGACCUUGAUUACUACUACACGCUCCUGCUUUAUGAUUACGAUAAUCUGCGUGGCUUCGUUCAUUGGAUGAUUGGAGAUAUUCCCGAAAAAAACUUAACAGCAGGAACGACUUUUUACGACUAUUACGGCCCCAAGCUUUUUGAAGAAGGAGACGUGCAUCGAUAUGUUAUGGUGAUUUACAGACAGAAUGGGAGAACAAUUCGUUGGGCGGAACCAUUUGUGCAGAGAAAGACUUACGCGUUGCGCGCAUAUUUUAAUCAAACAGAAUUUCAAGAACAGUAUAGCCUUGGGCCUCCUUACGCGUUUACCUUUUUUACAUCUGAAGUAAACAAAUCUUGAGUGGCUUCAAAUCGUUUGGCAAAAGUCUUCGUAGGUUGAUAAAUGUCAAAAGUUCACCCUAAAAAUGACUUUAGAUCAUGUAAUAUUUUGUUUCUGCAAGGAAAUAUGAGUUUGUAUUUAUAAUAUGACUCUAAAUUUUAUCUGAGCUUAAUUUAAUUUAAAGUUGAACUUAUUUUUAUCGGGCUGCAUUAUGUUGAUGAAAAUUACCUUUCUCCCGAUCACUUUUUAUCCGGUGUUCUCAGACGAUAGCUAUUUCGAUGAUAUAAAUCAUCAUCAUCAGGUCUUCGACUUCGACUUCGGUAAACACUAACGGUCACAUCUUAAAUUGUUAAAACUUACUAAAAUUUACUAAGAUUUACUAAAAUUUACUAUAAAACACUUUAAAAACUCGUGGGUGCACCCGUCGCGAACGCGUUCUUAUCACCGGCGUUCCGGCCGUUGCGUCAUCGAGUCGAAGUCGAAGACCUGAUGAUGAUGAUUUAUAUCAUCGAAAUAGCUAUCGUCUGAGAACACCGGAUAAAAAGUGAUCGGGAGUGAGCUUAAUUUGUUUUCGUUCCAAUCAAUGAAAAUUUGUUUGAAAAAAUAUGUUUAAUCGCAGUGACCAACUCAACUAAACAGUUCAUCAGAGACAUUACGUGUUUCUUAGUUAAUUUUUUGGGCGUGUGAUUCAAUAAUUUUAAGUUUUGUUUUAAUCAUAUUGGGUGAAAUUAAAAAAUACAAUUUUUAAAAGAAGUUUUUCCAA